CGAGCUUUUUGUAAAAGUAUUUCCCCAUCCUUUACUGUGGAGAUUUAAAAUUGUAUAUAAGACAUGUAAACAAAAUGGUUGAUAGAUUUACAAUCACACUGAAAGGCGUCGAGAUUUGGGAUAGCGGGUAGUAAUCUUCAUUUCUGAAAGCAUAUCUGAAACUUUUAAGGCCUACAUCUCUAGACCUAUCAAAUCUAAAAAGAGAGGGUGACAUUAAAAUGUCAUAUUUUAUUGUAUCAGUUUUGUCAUCCCUGAUAUGAAACCAAAUGUUCAAAUGUCAAAAAUGCAGGUGCAAAGUCAUUCCAUACGAGAAUUUCGUAUUGUGCUACCAAUGACGGUUGAAGAGUAUCAGAUUGGCCAGCUGUGGUCUGUUGCUCAGUCCAGCAAGAAUGAAACAGGUGGUGGUGAGGGUGUUGAGGUGCUGGUGAACCAGCCUUUUGACACAGAAAACUUUGUUCCAAGUCCAAAACUGCAGGCCAAUGGACGGUACUAUAUCAGUGGACAGUUUACUCACAAAAUUUAUCACUUGGCAGAAAAAGCACCAGGAUUUGUUAAACUGAUGGUGCCGAAGGGUGCAAUGAAAAUACAUGAACUUUCCUGGAAUGCUUAUCCUUACUCAAGAACUAUUUUAACUAAUCCAGAUUACAUGAAGGAGAAGUUUUAUAUUAUCAUUGAGUCCUUCCAUGCAUCAGACAGGGGAGACUCUCAAAAUAUACUUGGUUUAGAGAGUAGGGAUCUAGCUCAUCGUCAAGUUGUAUAUAUAGACAUAGCCAAUGAUAAACUAACUUCUGGGGAUUAUGAUGCUGAGAGUGACCCAUGUCUGGUGGGGUCUACCAAAGCAAAGAGGCCUCCUUUACCCAAUGAUCAUACUGGACAAUGGAUGCAAGAAGUAAAUCCAGUCAUGUGUUGCUACAAAGUGGUCAAGGUCUGGUUCAAAUGGUUUGGUCUCCAGAAGAGGAUGGAGAAUUUUAUCUUGUCUCAAGAGAGGAGGUUAUUUCUUGCAUUUCAUCGACAAGUUGUCUGCUGGCAGGAUAAUUACUAUGGUUUAACUAUGGAUGACAUUAGGAGAAUAGAAGAAGAGGUUUCAAGGGAACUGGAGCAGCAAAGAACUGUGGGGCCAGUACGUGGUAAAGCCAUAUUUGAAGAAACUGUUUAAUGCUUUCAUGCACCAAGUAAUUCUGUAUGAACUGAAUGAUGAUUGGUUUAGCACCAUCCCCCAGUUUGUGCUUUCUCCAGAUCCAGCUGAACACUCUGAAAAAAAAAAUCAACCUACUUGCACAUCAUACUUUUACUUUUUCAAUUUUGAAGCGUU